AUGGAGAUCGCCUUGCUGAGGUUGGAGGAGGGCGAGGCGGCGGCGGCGGCGGCGGGCGGCAGGUGUGCGGGCAGCGGCGGAGGAGGAGGGAUCUGGUGGGAGCAGGAGGGCGGCAUGGGCGAGCCAGGGGCUGGGGCUGGGGCUGGGGGGCGGCCGGACGAGUGCAGCGAGCGGGUGGUGAUUAACGUGGCGGGGCUGCGCUACGAGACCCGGCUCGCUACCCUCAGCCAGUUCCCGGACAGCCUCCUGGGCGACCCGCUGCAGCGGCUGCGCUACUUCGACCCGCUGCGCAACGAGUACUUCUUCGACCGCAGCCGUCCCUGCUUCGACGGCAUCCUCUACUUCUACCAGUCGGGCGGCCGAGUCCGCAGACCCGUCAACGUCUCCAUCGACAUGUUCGCCGACGAGAUCCGCUUCUACCGCCUGGGACCCGAGGCCAUGGAGCGCUUCGGGGAGGACGAGGGCUUCAUCAAGGAGAAGGAGCGGCAGCUUCCUCGCCGCGAGUUCCAGAAGCAGUUGUGGCUCCUGUUCGAGUAUCCCGAGAGCUCCAACCCGGCCCGCUGCAUCGCCAUCGUGUCCGUGUUGGUCAUCGUCAUCUCCAUCAUCAUCUUCUGCCUGGAGACCCUGCCCGAGUUCCGCGACGACAGGCACAACAACUACAACCGCACGGCCAACGGAACCAGGGGCUCGACGGGGGACAGCCUCAGCGACCCCUUCUUCAUCGUGGAGACCACCUGCGUGGUGUGGUUCACCAUGGAGCUGCUGGUGCGCUUCUUCUCCUGCCCCAGCAAGCCGGUCUUCGCCAGGGACAUCAUGAACAUCAUUGACAUCGUGGCCAUCAUCCCCUACUUCAUCACCCUGGGCACCGAGAUGGCUGAGCAACAAGCCAACGGGCAACAAGCCAUGUCCUUGGCCAUCCUCAGGGUCAUCCGGCUGGUCCGAGUGUUCCGCAUCUUCAAGCUCUCCAGGCACUCCAAGGGUCUCCAGAUCCUGGGCCAGACCCUCAAGGCCAGCAUGAGGGAGCUGGGUCUUCUCAUCUUCUUCCUCUUCAUCGGGGUCAUCCUCUUCUCCAGCGCUGUCUACUUCGCCGAGGCCGAUGACCCCAGGUCAAAUUUCUCCAGCAUCCCCGACGCCUUCUGGUGGGCAGUGGUCACCAUGACCACCGUGGGCUAUGGGGACAUGAAGCCCAUCACCGUGGCGGGCAAAAUCGUGGGGUCCAUGUGCGCCAUCGCCGGGGUGUUGACCAUCGCGCUGCCCGUGCCCGUCAUCGUGUCCAACUUCAACUACUUCUACCACCGGGAGAACGACAAUGAAGAACAAGCCAAGUACCUUAUCGACAAAGUCGAAGUUGAGAGCAGCAUCUCAGAAGAUCUGAAGAAGAGCAGAAACUCCAUUGGCAACCAUUUAGAGAACGGCGAUGGGGUGAAUCAUGGCCCAGGGACACACUGCAAAGCCAACAGCACCCCGGACAUCAGGAAGUCAUUAUACGCACUUUGUAUGAUUCCCAACACUGAAACAGACUUGUAGUCACAGCAAAUUGUUUGAACAUUACAGAUUAGUUUUAUCCAUAGAAGGACUUAUUUUGAAUUAAAGACAUAUCAUUUGUACAAACUACAAAAGUUAGGUUAGUUGGGUCGGAAGAGAAACUAAUUUUAUACAACAUACUUUAUUCUACAAAAGAAAAUAUCAAGAAGAUUGGGUGUAUGUCUUGGCACUACAGCCUUAACUUGGGGGGGAAGAGAUUGAUGGCCAGCUAUUUUCUCCAGGAGCCCAUCAAUAUUUGCAUAUUUAACAGUUCUGUGUUGCAUUUGCAGUGUCUUCAAAUAAUAGAAAGCAAACGUGGUCUUCAAAUUCCAUAAGUAUUUUUUGAUUUGUUAUUUCAGAAGGGAAGUGCGUGAAGUACUUUGUUUAACUUUGCAGUGAAGACAGAGGCUGUGGACUGUUUGUACUUGGGUUUUCUGCUUUAUGUCCUCAAAGUAUUCAAAACAAUGUAGCAGGUGAAAGGGGAAGCUAGAAGAUGGCGAAAUGCAGAGUGAUACAUGCAGUGAAAGGGUUUUGCAGUAGUGUUUCUAUUGUUUGUUUGUGAGCAACCGUUCUAGAAUUGAGCAGGGAAACAAUCUAGGUGUUCGUUUUAUGAAUCUGUUGGUAACGAAAACAAAAACGGGUUACGGAUUUGGUCGAUGUUACGGCAUAUACAUCUAUUUACAAUAUAUUUUUUCAAACAAAGCAUAAAAUAUUCAUGCAUUAAUCACUGAACAGAAUAUUUAGAUAAUCAUUUUGCUCCAGUGUACUGGAAACUGAGACCAGCAAAUUUAGCUUUUUGUAUAGAAUAUACUCAAUCGGCGAAGCGCUAGACUGUCUUGUUCCUGGUAGAGUUGGAAAACAGUUUGUGGAAAUACAAACCAAUUUUAUGUGCUACCCCCACGGAAUUCAAUGGACGAUGUCCGUCCUACACAUUUGUACAAAGACCUAAAUGAACGCACUUUUACAUUACUGCUGUAAGAAACUAAUUUUAAGUCCGCCUAUUCAUCCUGAACAUUAAAUCAGAAAACUGGCUACAACAAAUGAAGCUUGAGAUAAAGUACCACUAACUGUUGAAUGAUAACAGUUGUCACAAAAAAAAUGCAUUGAAUAAAGAAAAAAACUAAAAAUUACCAUUUCAUCGUUGAACUGGAAUGCUCCUUUUAGAUAAUCUCAGCAAAAUAUUCUGGAUUGGUAUUUACUGGGACUCCUCAUUUACCUUUUGAAAAUGCAUUGAGAAAGUUGAUUUUUGGACCACAUGGUAAAUCAGGGACUUCAGACUACCCAUAUCCAUGAAACAAAAAGUCCUGAGAUGGAAAUGAUUCUGAAUCGAUUACAAGAACAUCUGUAUCUUCAAUUGGACAACAUCCUAGACUUGUGCGAGUGACACAGUAACAAGCGAAGGAUCAAAGAAUUUAAGAUGAUGUGAAAAGUUGGGAGGAAGAUUGCACCUUGAAUUUAAAGAUUUGCUGCCUUAUCCGCCUCGUCCUCAUCCGCACGGGAGAAUGAAGAUCAGUGAGUCACAGCAAGCAGCCACACUCAGGUGACCUCCAACCCAUCAAGGCAUCCAAGAUGGUCUUCAGGAUUCAUUCACGCCAUGUUACCAGACAGUACUCAAGGCUGUGCGCAAACCGACUUGUUACCAACAUCUGAAUUCAUCAACUUCAUGGAAGUCAUGAGUCCAUUCUGCUGCACUCAGGAAGAAGGGUCUCAAUCCGAAACGUCACCUACCUAUCCAUGUUCUCCAGAGGUGCUGCCUGAUCCGCUGAGUUAUUCCCGCACUUUGCCACACCCAGUCCUCUCCCUUCCAGAGUUCUGCCUUCUGGGAUUGGAAUUCAUGGAAAUGUAACUGGCCUUUCUUGCAACAUCUGGAUCUGUGACAUAUAUGCAAUUAACAUCUGAUGGGCAUCUCACUUCAGAGUGAAACAGAAAAGAGGAAAAAUGCAACUGGGACAAUUGCUACCCACUCAACCCAUCUCAUUCACCUGCAAUCUGAUGUUGACAGCGCUACCAAGCAUCCUCCCCACUCAUCAGUAAUUAGUUUCACCAAGGACACUCAGAUACAGAUCUCAUUACAGUCUUUGUCCAACCUUUAGCAAAAUAGUUUGAUUCGAGGAAUGAGGUGAGAGUUACAGUUUCUGAUGACUAACCGCUACUCAACCAACUGUGGCUUCAGGACAGUUGUUGUUCUUCUUCUUGUAGGGGGUUGAUCACCAUAACCCCGUGUCAAAGGUUGUGGAAUGCUCAGGCCAGUGUUAGGGUCCAGCUUACUCAGCAGCUUCAGCAGUGACCCUUUCUCCAUCACGCCAGAAGUCGGGAUCUGUGCUGAUGGUCAACGGAGGUUCAGUUCCAUCUUCCUCUGUUGGAACAGUCAGGCUGAAAACAUGAAUAUGAUUGUGAAGUUUCUUCAUUUUAUUCUAUGGCUAUUUAAUUUUAAACGUUUCUGUUCUAUGCAGCAGGGGAUUUGUCCAGGUUCUCUGUCCUGUACUGUACUAACACCAAUCAUUUGUGUCUACAAGCCCCAUUGAAAGUUAUAGUCUCUGUUGUCCUGACUAAUGGCAAAGAUUUAAAGACCGCAUGGAUGAACUCCAAAAAUUGUCAUCCCUGUCUGGUGAAAAAAUAAAAUGGGGAAGGCGGCUCAACCGUGGCUAAUGAGGGAAAUCAAGGAUAGUGUUAAAUCCAUGGAAAAAGCAUAUAAAUUGGCCAGAGGAAACAGCAAACCGGAAGACUGGGAGAAAUUUAGAAUUUAACAAAGGAGGACAAAGGGGUUAAUUUAGAAGGGGGGGAAAAGAGCAUGGAAGAAGACUUGUGUGGAAUAUAAAAACUGACUAAAACCUCUUUAGAUAUGUUAAGAGGAAAAGAGUGAAGACAAAUGUAGGUCCCUUACAAUCAGAUACAGGUGAAUUUAUAAUGGGAAACAGAGAAAUGGCAGAACAGUUAAACAAGUACUUUGGUUCUGUCUUCACUAAGGAACCCCAGUUAUUUAUAAUAUAUAUUAACAAUUUAGAUGUGGAAUUAAAUGUGAUAUUUCCAAGCUCGCGGAUGACACAAAGCUUGGUGGCAGUGUGGUCUGCGAUAAGGAUGCUAUGAGGCUACAGGGUGACUUGGAUAGGUUGGGUGUGUGGGCAGGCAUGGAAGAUGCAGUAUAAUGCGGAUAAAUGUGAGGUUAUCCACUUUGGUGGCAAGAACAGGAGGGCAGAUUAUUGCUGUCAGAUAAGGAUAAAGGGAUUUGCAAAGGGACAUGGCUGUGCUUGUUUAUCAGGCACUGAAAGUAAGCAUGCAGGUACAGCAGGCAGCGAAGAAAGCCUUCAUUGCCAUGGCCUUCAUUGCGAGAGGAUUUGAGUUUAGGAGCAAGGAGGUCCUACUGCAAUUGUCCUACUGCAAUUCUACAGGGCCCUGUUGAGACCGCACAUGGAGUAUUGUGUGCAAUUUUGGUCUCCUAAUUUGAGGGAGGCCAUUAUUGCUAUUGUGGGAGUGCAGAGUAGUUUCAUCAAGUUAAUUCCCAGAAUGGCGGGACUGACAUAUGAUGAAAUAAGGGGUCGACUGGGCUUGUAUUCACUGGAAUUUAGGAUGAGAGGGGAUAUUAGAGAAAUAUGUAAAAUUCUUAAAGGAUUGGACAGGGUAGAUGCAGGAAAAAUGUUCCCGAUGUUGGGUGAGUCCAGAACCAGGGGUCACAGUUUAAGAAUAAGGGGUAGGCCUUUUAUGACUGAGAUGAGGAAAAACAUCUUCACUCAGGGAGUUGUGAAUCUUUGGAAUUCUCUGCCAGUGGAGGCCAAUUCACUGGGUUUUUACAAGAGAGAGUUAGAUUUAGCACUUUGAGAUAAAAAGAAUCAAGGGAUAUGGGAAAAAGCAGGAACAGGGUACUGAUUUUGGAUCAUCAGCCAUGAUCAUAUUAAAUGGUGGAGCUGGCUCGAAGGGCCGAAUGGCCUACUCCUGCACCUAUUUUUCUAUGUUUCUAAACAUGAACAGCAGCUCCACGUCCGUUCAAAUGGGAGGGAAAUAUUGUUACCAAGAAGCUUCAAAGUAAUUGCGUUGUCCUUUGUUCACUGUGAUAUUUAUUCUACAACUUUUCGGUUUGACUCACGACCGAUUUUUAGGUUCAGAAUUUGGUUUAUUAUAGCCACGUAUACCAAGCACCAUCUUUGUCAGUGUAAACGCAUGUUUUAUUGUACAGGUGAUCUUCAGAUACCCUGCAGCUUGUCUUCUGCCCAACCACUCCCCAUCAACCUUCAGUCUGAUCCCACACCACUAAUUGUCUUCACAAGAACCUGCCUCAAUCCUCCUUCCUAUUAUUUGCCCAGGCCGGUUCCUCUACAUCAGUGGCAAGCAGGGCGCCUUCUCUUCAACCACGUCACCUUGCAAGGUGCACCAUAUACAGUUGAAUACUGGAGACCCUGUGGAGUCAGUAGCCAUGGUUCGUACGCCCCUGCCUCGCCGAAGCUGACAGUGUCAGUGGGUCAGAAUGUGAUACUAAGUUCAUAUGAUUAACACCAUAUCCAUCAUUUGAUGCACACACUCUAUUUGUAAGCAUGAGCAGGUGAGAGUGUCAAAAUAAGUCAGAUGGAAAACAAAUGUCACACUGGUCCAGUGGAAAUAUUUAUUUUAGCUAAUGUCUUUUCAUAUGGAUAAAGUCAUAGAGCACCUUAAUACAUUCUUCAGCCGAACUCAUACAUGCUGCCCAAUAUGCCCCAUCUAAACUGGACCCAUUUCCCUUCACUUGGCCCAUAUCCCUCUAAACGUUUCCUAUCUAGGUUCCCAUCCAUGUGUUUUUUAAAUGUUCUUGGAAAGGUUCUUACUGUUAUAGUUCUUAUUAUUUUAUUCUCAUCAUCUCUUUUAUCUAUUGACUUAACUAUCCAUUUCUGAUUCUCAAAUGUUUCCACCUGUCUAGUCAGCCACUGGUGCUUUUUUUCCUUCAGUUUGAUACGAUUCAGAGAGAAACUUUUCUGGGACUGUCUGACCAGAAAUUUGACUGACCAUGGCGCUAUUUUAGGACUGGUUUGAAAGGGGUGCCAGGUAAAGGUUGUUGGCUGAAGAUUGCUUGAAAAUAAAUAGCAUCCAUCUACUAGCAGAAAAAUAUUGAUAUUAUAUUUAGAUAUAUGCUAUACAGAUGUCGGUUACAAUAAACAAAACAAAUGCUGGAGUAAGUCAGCGGGUCAGGCAGCAUCUCUGGAGAACAUGGUUGGGUGACGUUUCAGGUUGGGUUAGAAAGUUCCUGACCCUAAACGGCACCUGCCCAUCCCCUCCAUAGUUGCUGCCUGAGUUCCUCCAGCACAUUGUGGUUUUUUACAUCCUCCUGCUUCUCCUCUCAGUGGUCAGGUCUCCUAUUGUCAGCAAUGGGCACUCCCGGGCACUCUUGCUAAAAACCCACAAGAUUCUUGCUUAAUUGUGUGAAAGUGACAACAUUUUCAAUAGCCACUAUAAUUUUCCUAUAUAGCAAUGAUAUGUAUCCCAUUUUCCUAAUCUGGUUUAUGAUCCUGCUUUGAAAAAAAUCAGUAUUAUAAUAUCAAUAUUUAAUUGAAAAUCCAAUUCUUAGUUUUGUACUGGGGGGAAUUUCCCUUUUCAGGCUAUGAUAAAUGAUUUAUUGACGUUUGAACUGGAAAGUGUAAGAGGUGUUUUUAUCCGUCUGGGGGCACGUACUAUAAACAACUUUACAUUUCAAUUAAUUCAAAACUGCUGUGUACUUACAAUCGUUUUCCUGCUUUUUUGCUGCAAAUGUUAGUCCUAUCGAUAGGAUUUAAAAAAUAGCUGAGAUGCAUCUGAUGUAAGGUUGAAAUGUCCAUGGUUCCACAACAUGAAUUGUUUUGCUUCAAGUCUCUGCAUUCACAGAUUGCAAUAAAUCCUAAGCAACUGGUUUCCUGCCUGCAGUACAAAUACAGUAUGUACAUAGACAACAAUUUUAAUAAAAACUAAUCCAGUGUUCCAAGUGGGCCCAUUGAAAUGUUAUUACCAACAUGUUAUUUCCAACUUGGACAGUGGCUUCAGACCUGUCUCAGUUGAACGCCGCGGUCCGUCACUGUACAAGUCUGCACUGUCCACACCUCUCCUGCUACAGACCACUGUCCCCGACAGUGUGGCUAUAAACCAUUGUGAUGAAUAACUAAAUGAAUAUGAUCAAAGUUUGCUCUGUUCAUAACACCUGCCUCAAAUAAAGCUAAGUCAACAUUGA